AUGGGCAUUAAACGCCCAAGCAAGGGAGGUCAUCCACUCACUGAUAACAACCCUCCUAAGCAAGCUAUUAACCCCCAUUCCAGUACACAUGGCAUUCGGCCUCCAUCAACCAAGGUUGAUGAUUAUAAGGCUAAGAUGCCAUUUCCUCAGAAACUCUAUCAAGAUGAAAGGGAUAAACAAUUUUCCCGCUGUGCGGAGUAUCUCAUAACACUAGAGAUCAAGAACCCUUUUGCAGAAGCUCUUGAACAGAUACCAUCUUAUACUAAGUUCAUGAAGGAUAUCUUAUGUCAUAAGAAGGAUUGGAGAGAGACAGAAACACUCCUCCUUACUGAAGAGUGCAGUGUAAUCACUCAGAACAGCUUACUAGAGAAACUUAAGGAUCCUAGAAGCUUUGUGAUACCAUGCACUCUAGGUGAUUCUUGUACAAGGACAGCUCUAUGUGACCUUGGGGCAAGCAUUAACCUAAUACUUGCUUCUUUAAUAAAGAAGCUUUGUUUGACUGAUGAAGUCAAACCAACCCACAUAUGCCUUCAACUUGCUGAUGGGUCUAUCAAGAUACCAUCAGGAGUAAUUGAAGACAUGAUUGUCAGGGUUGGACCCUUUGCUUUCCCCACUGACUUUGUGGUGUAG